AUGGUUGUCGCCACUAUCAAGUGUGUUGUCGUCGGUGACGGUGCUGUGGGCAAAACAUGUCUCCUGAUUUCGUACACAACAAACAAGUUCCCCUCGGAAUAUGUUCCUACCGUUUUCGAUAACUAUGCUGUCACUGUCAUGAUUGGCGAUGAACCGUACACUCUGGGGCUUUUCGAUACUGCUGGUCAGGAAGAUUAUGACCGUCUUCGUCCCCUUUCAUACCCCCAGACCGACGUUUUCUUGGUCUGCUUCUCCGUGACAUCCCCCGCUUCCUUCGAGAACGUGCGCGAAAAAUGGUUCCCCGAAGUUCAUCACCAUUGCCCUGGUGUCCCCUGUCUAAUCGUGGGCACCCAAACUGAUUUGCGCGACGAUUCUGCUGUGCGCGAAAAGCUUUCUCGGCAGAAGAUGCAGCCCAUUCGUAAGGAAGAUGGAGACCGGAUGGCCAAGGAAUUGGGCGCCGUCAAAUAUGUCGAAUGCUCCGCUCUGACCCAAUAUAAACUCAAGGAUGUUUUUGACGAGGCAAUUGUUGCCGCCCUCGAGCCUGCUCCUAAGAAGUCAAAGAAGUGCGUUUUGCUGUAA